GAGCUAGAAGUCCGGAUACAGAUAUGACCAAAUUCAGUACUCUCUGUCUCAAUGUGAUAUUUUUUCAUUGUUCCAGAGCCAAUUUGACUUGAAUCUAAAUUGAAGUACAUUAGCUCAAUAUUAAAAUUUAUAUAUAACUAUAUGAUCUCAUUUCUUUACUUACAUAUAUAACAAUUCAUUACCCCUUUUGCUUCCCAAUAUUAUUCAGUUUUCAUUUCUCUUUUUCUUUGUUUUUUAUCUUUUCAACUUUGUUGGUUUUGUGGGGGCGGAGCUAAAAGUCCAGAUACAUGUUUGACCAAACCCGGUACUUCCUUCGUCCAAAUUUAAGGACCCGUUUUGCCAUGAAAAUUGUUCACUUUCUUUAGGAUUUUUUUUUCAUUUUAUUUGAAAAUUAGUGUAUGGCCAUAAUGUUGUAUUUGGAACUUGAAAAACACCUAAAACUCAGUUUUCGCUUUUUUCACUUUUAGUAUGUUCAAACAACUAAAUAUUUCUUUUGCAAAAACUAUAACCAAACACAAUUCCAUUUUCAACUCCAACAAUAACAACAACAACAUAUCCAGUAAAUUCUCACAAUGUGGAAUCUGGGGAGGGUAGAGUGUACGCAGACCUUACCCUCACCUUUCAAGGCUGCUAAAGUGAGAUGGCCGAGUCUUUUCAAUGGGGUGGAUUCUUCUUUGGAAGAUUGGAUAGUAGAUCAGAUGCAUGUGGUUAGACCUGUGGUGGAAACUGGUUAUGAAAAUCUUUUACUUGUGAGGUUGCUCUUGGAGUCAAGAAUCCCUUCUAUUCGCAAGUCUUCGGUUGCAGAGGGUCUAACAGUUGAGGGGAUACUUGAGAAUUGGGCAAAGAUUAAACCCAUUAUAAUGGCAGAAUGGGAUGAAGACAGGGAUUUUCUCAUAGAUCUUUUUGGUAAGGUUAGAGAUGAAUGGAUGGACAAUGAUUUGGCUUCUUGGAUAGGUGCAAACAGGUUUUAUCCUGGAGUUCCUGAUGCACUUAAAUUUGCAAGUUCAAAGCUCUAUAUAGUCACUACAAAGCAGGGCCGCUUUGCAGAUGCAUUACUUAGAGGGCUUGCUGGGAUAACUAUUCCAGCUGAAAGGAUCUAUGGUCUCGGGACAGGACCUAAAGUAAAAGUGCUUAAGCAACUUCAAGAAAUGCCGGAACACAAGGGUCUGACCUUACACUUUGUGGAGGACCGACUUGUUACUUUAAAGAAUGUGAUUAAAGAGCCCGAGUUGGAUGGAUGGAACUUGUAUCUAGGGGAUUGGGGUUACAAUACUCAAAAGGAGAGGGAGGAAGCUGCUAGCAUUUCCAGAAUUCGCAUUCUCGAGCUCUCUGACUUCAGCAAUAAGCUGAAAUGAUCCUGUGUUCUUUCAAUUAACUAGCAUUAUUUUAAAACGAGAGGGUCUGCUGCAAUAUCCUCCGGUAUCCAUUAUUUUUUCAUACAGAAUUAUGUAUUGAUCAUCUUGCCCACUCUGCUCAUCCCAAUGUAUACACAAUUUAGUUUAUGGGAUGGUUUAUAUUAUGCUUGAAUUAAAAUAA